CGUAGAGGUGCGAACCUGACGGGAAUUCGAAAGGCAACCAGUCGCUGUUUGCGCGCCGUCGAGGUCGCGCUUCAUAUAUUAAAAAAAAAAAAGAAAUAUAAAUUCUUUCAAGGAACGAAAAAACAUUGUUUAUUCAUUGUGUUGCACGUGACAACAAGUUUCAUUCAUAUUUAUACCAACUGAAAAAUUUAAAACCAUUUUUUGAAAUACAACCUAAAUAAACCCAACUACUAAAUAAUAAAAUAUAACCUUUUUUGAAAAUGCAAAACUCAUCAAGGAACAAUGAUAAUUAAGUGCAAUGAAACAUUCCUGGUCAUCAGUUAUUCAAGUGGUACGUGCAGAUUGUGACCACCGAGAGUGCAUUUUGCCUCGGGGAAAAUUAAUCACAAGCACGAAUGUCGUGCAAUUAAUUUUUCCUGCAAUGCGACACCUGGACUUGAUUUUUAAUUAGAACGAAGCAGAGAAUUUUUUUGACAAUGAUUGGAGGAUCGGAUUCAUUUUCAUCAUCAAAAGAAGCACUUUGGAUUGAAUGUGAAUCUCUUUGAUGAAAAGAAAAAGUCGAAAAAAACGAUAAAUUACACACUAUGGACCGGAAUAAGAGAGAAAAGAGAUUCGUUGUCAAAGUGAAACUCAUUUACACGAGGAACAAUGAGUUUGUGAAUGUGACAAGUGUUUGUCCUUGAUUUUCAUUUUAAUUUCUUUUUUUUUUGUUUUAAUUUUCCCUCUUUUUUUUUUUUGCCCCAAAACCACAGAAGAGAAUUGGUUUUUGUUGACAAAUGUGGGUCUUUGAAAGUAAAAGGGUGAUAGUAGGGGUGGGAAAAAGAAAACGUUAAGUUGUUAAGUGGAGAAAAUGGGAGCAACGGGACUGGUGCUGGGGAGUGCAAUCCUCGGACUAUUUUGUACCAGUUUCCCAAAGGGCGCAAUGACCAUUCCAACCAACAGGUGUGACGCACCACCGCCAUGUACCUGCGAUGAUCACGGCCGAGUAACCUGCGAUUGUAAGGACGAGGGCAAGGAGCUGAUUAUCACGCCAGAGAGUGAAAAAUGGCUGACUCCAAGAACGAGUUUAAUUUCAGUGAGCAACUGCCGUUCGGUGUACCUGACAAACUCAAGUUUAAUUCACCUUGAGGCUCUGCGGUUGGUCGAGUUGGUAAACGUGGCUAAUUUAACCCUGGAGCGUCAAAGCUUCGAACUAUCACCACGUUGUACAGACGUGAAGAUCACUGUUCGUAACAGUAGCAUCGAUCUACUGUCCAGUUUCACAUUUCGCGGUGACAUCAAGACGAUCAUGUUCAUGGACGUUAGAAUAGGUCUAAUGAGUUCCUUUGCAUUUGCAAAUUUACUCAAUACCGAUACAAUAAGACUUGAGGAUUGUAAUAUUGAAAAUAUUGAAGCGCAUGCAUUUAAAAAAUUUGACGUACAAAUAUUACAUGUAAUUAGAGGAAGUUUUCGUGGUAUAAUACCAAGUCGAACAAUGAAUGACAUUGAAGUUUAUCAAAGUUUUAUGUUGGAUGGCGUUAAAAUGGAAACAUUGAGAAGUUUAGCGUUUAUUGUGAAAAAACCAAAAACUGUUGCUAUACAAAAUUGUAUCUUUGAUAGUGUUGAGGGUGAGGCAUUUGAUAUUAGCGUUAGGGGUCCGGUGAUUAUGAAAAAUAAUACAUUUGCAAAUUUGGCAAUGGGUGCAUUUUUAGAAAUGAAAGCCGAUAUGGAAAAUAGAUCACGUGGUACAUCAUUGGGUAGUCUUUAUGAUUUGAUAUUUAAAAAUAAUACAUUAAAAACAUUUGAAGAGGGUUCGUUGAUAUUUGAUAGAAGUAGUUUUCGACCUGAGAUUGAUAAUCUUUUAGUUGAUCAAACGUGUGAUUGUGAUCAAUUAUCAAAUUGGAAGAGUGAUAUUCUUAAUUAUACUAAUGUUUAUUCGAGGUUAAAUACAAAACAAGAUGAAAUGUCAUCGGCAAAAUCAGAACCAAUUGGUUCAGAAAUAUUUCUCUGUAUUAAUGGAGCUAAUAAUUCGCCAAUAACAUUUACUGAUUAUGAAACAAGAAAUUGUGCAUUGAGUAAUUCGCUAAUAAUACUUAUAGUGGCUGCUGUUGGAGUGAUUAUUUUAUUGCUGAUAAGUGUGUGUUUGAUUAUUUGGUGCUGUCGAAAGCGUCGUCAGACAAAUAGAAAAAGUUGGAUAAGUGUUCCCACGAGUGCUCCAGACGUUGUCUCGAAAAAGAAUGGCGUCAUCAGUAAAGAGGGAAGUGGAUCGAGUGCACCGGUGGACAGUCGGAUAACGAUGGUUGUACCGGAUGGGAGACUUUACCGUGAAACAGAAUUUCACGUGAUUGUCGAGAAAACGGAGCCACUCACAACGGAAUUAUAACGAGAGCCUCCACGGGCUUCCGGCUCAAGAGAUCCGUACGUGCCACCGGAAGACCUGCAUUUUCGCGUUUAUAAACUUUGAAAAAUAAAAUAAAAAAAAACAGGCGCGUGCAACAAAUAAAGAAACCUGAUUUUAGCUUUAAGUGAAAUGUGAUGAUCUAGUCAUCACAUGUGAUUGAAACUAUAUUGUCUCUCUCAUAGUAAAACAAUUAUGUUUUACCAUGGGAAAGAUAAAAACAACAUUCUAUUAAUGUAAGACAUGAAAACAUUUCCAAAAAAAAUUUAUGCAAAAAAAGGAAUGAGAAACAGUUGAGUGAGAUUGUAUUUAUGAUAUAAGUCUAUUAUUGUAAAUUUAAUGAAUUCGAAAUAGAUUUGAAAAAAUAUAAACAAUAGGUUCUGCACUAUUGCAGCAAUCUGUUUUGUACCAACGUUAUAGUAAGGGAUAUAUUUGUAUGGAUUACGGUUCAAUCCAUGUCGAUAUGUAUAUGUUACGCUACAUCAGCGAAUCAAACGAAUGGCUAGUUUCAUUGAAUACCCCCGCACUAGUACAAGGCAGUCUGUAUAAGCUUCCAUUUACAUAUCAAUAACGACGGUCAAGGUUUACCCUCUCCUAUCAAAUGUUACUUCAGGAGAGCUUAUCGAAAUCAAUGAGGUUGUUGCACGAUUGGAAAAUAAAUACAACAUAAAAGAAGAGAUUUUAUACUUUAUAAAAACCAAAAUUUAUCCCUUUAUGCAUAAAAUUUCUUCUUCUUACAUAGCAGAUUUUAUGUAAAAAAAAUUAUCAGAACUUUGACCUGCCCUUUAAGGAAAUUCUAUCGCUUAACUAAACUAGUCAAGAAACUACUUUGUAAUUUAACUGUGUUAAAACCCAAAAAAAUUAAUUUAUUCGCAUGACUUAAAUGUACCCUUUUUUUGAGCAAACCUAUUUUUAUUUUGUAUCAAAAAUUUUAAUCAAUUUCGUAAUGUUAAAUAAUUUGUAAUCAGCAAUAAAAUACUUUUAAAAAUCUAAAAAAUGAAAAUUCUAACUUGAAUGUAAGAUUAUGGGUAUAAAGUUGAUGGGAAUAUUAUUAUAUAAGUUGAUUAUCUUUCUCUCUGUUUUUAUAAACAUUCGUUUAUAGACAAUUUCGUGCAACAAUCUCGUUAUUGGAAAAUAGAACCGAAACUGAGCAGAAAAGAAAGUCUUGAUGAUAAUAAAGUUCGCAAGCUUUUCAACCGUUACAGAUUGAAAUUUCUACCAAGGCACUUUAAACCACUGAGGAUAAACGUCAAAAUAUUCUACUUCAAUCCUUUCUUUACUCUUAUUAUCCAAUUGUUCUGGCGCGUAAAAUUUCACAUAACCAAAUUCAUUACCUUUUUUUGUUAUAGAACCAAAUUUUUAAAUUUCGUUUAUAAUUUUUACUUUUUUUUUUUAAAGUAAACAAAACAAAUUUGCAAAAAUUAAUGUACAUUAAUAGAAAACAAUAGAAACCAAACUAAGAAACAAAUAAAAACAAAUAGAAUACUAGAAACAUUAAAUAGAAAAGUAUUGUACUUCGAAAUAAAAAAUCUCUUUAUGUAAAUAUAUUGUUAUCGAUAAAAAAAAAAAUGUUAAAAAUUAAUUGUCAACUAUUCAAUUAACUGUUAAGUUUGUGUAAUUUUUCAUUGCGGAUAAAAGCGAAAAUUCCCGCACAACUUUUUAAAAAUUGUCACACAAUCGACUAACUCUUUUUUUGUAUUCGAAAUAAAGGUAAUUAAAUAAGAAAGUUCCCACGAUAAAAGGAAAUUCAAACACAAAAGCAAGUUUUAUAUAUAAAAAAAAAAGGUUUGAUCGACCGUCGUUACUUUCUUGGUUUAUCGUAUAACUUAACUAUCGAGAGAGUGCCAGUGCUCGGUAUUAUUGAUUAGCAUUAAGGGGAAAAAUCCGCGAAAAAAAAUGAACAAAGUAAUUGAGUUAAAGAGAGAGAAAAAAAACUUCUCUUUUUUUUCUCUAGUUACGUUGAUUGCAAAAGAAAGAAAAUGUAGGACAUAAAAGGAAUUUUAUCCCGUUCGUUUCAUGCGCCUUUAAAACCGCGGGUGCCACUUUAAAUCACAAGUGUUUGCGCAGAGUUUUCAGUUUAUACCAAUCAAAGCAAUUACUUGAAUGAAAUUCGUGCCAUUUGAAGUAAGUAAUAACGAAUAAACUAACAGCAAUUUUUUUUUUUUCAAAAAACGGAAAUUUCAAACAAAGUCAAAGUAGCAUCGCUCAUGAUAAAUAUUAAUUAGAAUUCAUUUGACUAAAAAUUAUUUCCUUUUUAAAUAAAUUUAACGUAAAUAUUCGUAUUUUUUUAAUUGCAUUUUUCCUUUUUUUUCAAAUAAAAAUUUUAUUUCAUUUGAAAUUAUUUAUUUAAAUUUUUAAUUCUCUAAUGUAAUUUUUUCUACUUCAAUUUUAGAAUUAAUUUUUUAAUUAUGUUCUUUAAAAUAAUUUAAAUAUUAUAAUUUAUACCUUUUUUUUUAAUUUGAAAAAGUACUUUAAUAAUAAUUUUAAUUAAAAUAAAUUCAAUUUUUAAUUAGAAUUUGAAAUAUUAUUUUUUUAAAUUAAUUUUUAAUAAUCAACUCUUUGCAAAAAUUUAGAUUGAAAAAUAAACAUAUUUGAGAGAGAUUUAAUACUGUUUGGUUAUGAGCAAAUAGAAAAAAGCGAAGCACUCUUUUGUAAAACAACAAGAAUUUCUUUUUGUUUUUUUUUAUACUUAAUAGAAAAAUGAAUGUAUGUCAUAUAUAUAUAUAGUAUAUGAAAGCAGGAAAUUUAACAAUCAAAAAAUAGAAAAACGAAGCAGCUUUUUCAUUGCGAAAUGAAAGCUAUUUCACUAAAUGGCGGUUAAUGAGAAUGAAUUUUCAACUCGCUGAUUGUGUCUAUCUAAAUGGGAUAUUUGAAAUUUCGUUGAUUACAAUAUUGAAACUUGAAUAAUUAAAUUAAAUUACUUAACACAUUCACUAUCGAAAAUGAUCAUUUCUAUAUGUGUAAAUAAUUAAUUUUCACUUUAAAAUCUCAAAAUUACUUUUCUUUCAUAAAAUAUUAUUUUUCAUUUUUCAUAAAAAAAUAUAUAUUUUUUAAAAAUCUUUCUUAAUCUUUAAUUUCUUUUGAUUUUAAAAAGACUAGAAACAAAUUAAUAAUCUCAACAUUAAAGAAAAGAAACUACAAGACGGCAGAAAAAAUCUUAAGAAUUUCUAUAAUAAAUGAAAAAAAAAUUAACAAUUUUUUAAUUAAAGAGAAGAAUAAAGUUCUGAAUAAAGAACGAAAUACCAAAGUAUAUAAAAUAAACGUCCAUAAAAUCUAUUUGACUUUAAUCAAUAAAUUUUUUACCAUGGAAUUGAAAAUCUUUUUUCUUCUAUUACAAUUUUAUAUAUGCGAACGAUUUCUAUACCAAUUUUAAUUAGAAAAAUUAUUUCAAAUGAGUUUUUUUUAAAAAUAAUUUUUGUUCUUUAAAAAAAAAACUGACAAAUUAUCGCCAAUGUACAACUGAAUAAAUUGAAUUUCACUUGUUUUAUGAUUUACGAGUUUUAGUUACUUCCGGAAAAGUAAAAACACUGGACUUCAUUUCCGGUUGCCUAGAGAAGUUCGUUAUAUACACGUGCAAACUAUAAACAAUAAAUGUGUAAAUAGAUUUUACGAAAUAAACGACUGUUGUAUUGUUCCUACAUCGAAAAUAUCGAAUUUAAUUGGUUCUACGAGUUUUUAUGAUACGAUAUUAAUCUUCGCGUCUUUUUAUCUUCUCGAGGUGUCAGAAAAAGAAAAAUAGAGGUAAAAAAAAAAAUUUCUAGAUACAUAUAAUUAAUACAAAAAAAAUUUCAAAAUACUGUAUACUGUGUGUAAAAUAUUACAAAAAAAAAAUUAUUAUUUGUGUGAAUAAAGUAAAAAUUAAUGACGAUAACCCGAGAAUCAAUUGACGUGUUUUGCGCUCGAUUUCAUUUUCUAACACUUAUAUUUAGUUAUAAUUAUCGCAAGUCUGUGAUAUAACGACAGCUGUACUGUAUAAUUUAAUUUACAUUUUAUGUCGUACAAGCGACGAUAAAACGAAGAGAAUAAACGAUCAUUUAAAACGUUA